CUUGUUGAUGGGAAGGAUAUGUUGAUCUCGGGCUAUAUAGACCCAAGCGAGUGACCACCACUUCCUUUUUCUUUUGUGUGCAUGGGAAAAUAAAUUGUGCUGUGUAUCCGUGGCUCUUCCCUUUUAUACCCUUUUACGCACUGAUCGCCAUACACCCCGCAGACUCUAUAGGCUGUGAAAAUCGACUGGGUCGAACUGUGUGCUGAUCGCCUUGGGGGUUUAAGUUUAUAUAUUUGUAUGCAGCUUGUCACACAACGCAGACGUCAUCUCCACAGGACCCAGAUCAGCUUUGGUUGUGUUUUUUUUUUUUUCUUUUCUUUUUUUCUUCUCCCUGGCUCCUAUCGCGCCCACCCGCCUGUGUUGUGAUUGUGGAAUACAGAGAAGAAAAUAUGUUUUGAGAACAUAAUCCGGCAGAUCGGCAGGUAGUUUGAGCGCAACUUUGCGUUCAUUUAGCCCGCUGCAUCAAGUUAUAACUACACCGGUUGCGUAUUUCUUUGCAUCUCCAAAAUGUGCGGCUGUUGAUCAGUCAUCGCGGGGUCCCCUGUCGCGGAUUGCUUCUCGCAAACUUGGGAGUUCGUUUCGCCCGGGCUGCUGUGCCUUCACUUGGGUGGCGAUCCUCUUCACAGGAGGCGCCCUUAUUUAUUUAUUUAUUAUUUAAUUUUUUUUUUUUUGCUUGAUUGCUGGCGACGCACAUGCACAGGCGUCCCCGCCGCUACCCAAAACAGCGACUUCUGAUAGAGCAGCCUCGUCUGGCAGAAGGAGGAGAAAACGGAGGGUGAAAGGAGGAAAGAGUGGGUGAUUGCGCCGUGAGGACGCUGCAGCCGGUAUUUGACAUUUAAGGAGGCGAUGCUACUGAACAUGUCAUAGACAAUGAACAAAAACAUCACUUUGCAGGUAUGCAUAAUCCUCUGAAUUCUCGGUCCGCGUGAGUUUGGCGUAGCUCUUCAUCAGGACUAUGGUUUUAUUGAUGCAUGUAUGGAAUUACGCAUGAACUGAUCUCAUUUUUCCAUCAUGUCCAAGAAUUUUUCGAGUGAUGAUGACGGCUCUUUUAAUGUCACAGUUAUCAUGUAGUGUUCGGACAGAAAAGAAAGCCAGCUCCUAAAAUAUAUAUAUUUAGAUAUUUGACAUUUGACAUCACGGAACGGAUCACUUAGCCGCCACCAUGGGACUGUGACCCGGGCUGCGAGCUCCGAGAGGCGGCUGUUUGUGUAGUCUGUGCUCCGUGUGCAGACUGGACCUGAGCAGUUGUGACAUUUUGAGCCAUGGCUGCUGCUAUCGCAAGUGGGCUGAUCAGACAGAAGAGACAGGCACGGGAGCAGCAUUUAGACCGACCCUCGACCAACCGACGGAGAAAGAGCCCCAACAAGAAUAAGGGGCUCUGCAAUGGGAACCUGGUCGACAUCUUCUCUAAAGUGCGCAUCUUCGGCCUCAGGAAGCGGAGACUACGGAGACAAGAUCCCCAGCUCAAGGGUAUAGUGACCAGGUUAUAUUGCAGGCAGGGAUACUACUUGCAAAUGAAUCCCGAUGGCUCUCUUGAUGGGACCAAGGAUGACAGCAGUAAUUCCUCUUUGUUCAACCUUAUUCCUGUGGGCCUCAGAGUUGUCGCCAUUCAGUCCGUGAAGACAGGGUUAUACAUCGCUAUGAACGGAGAAGGCCACCUGUACACAUCAGAACUCUUUACAGCGGAGUGCAAGUUCAAAGAGUCGGUGUUUGAGAACUACUAUGUGAUCUACUCAUCCAUGUUGUACAGACAACAGGAGUCGGGAAGAGCUUGGUUCCUAGGGCUCAAUAAAGAGGGCCAAGCCAUGAAGGGGAACCGGGUGAAAAAAACAAAACCAGCUGCUCACUUCCUGCCCAAGCCAUUAGAAGUUGCCAUGUACAGAGAGCCAUCGUUGCAUGAUGUUGGAGAGACAGUGCCCAAAGUGGCAGUACCUCCCAGUAAAAGCACAAGUGAGCCAGCGGUGAUGAAUGGAGGUAAACCUGUUAGCAAGCCAGACAAGCCCGCCACAUAGCCACACAUGACCGGUGUCCAGUGUGUAUGUGUGUGUGUGUGUAGAGGAGGGAGGGGCGCGAAGGAGGCAGGGCUUUUCCCGACUAGACUCCAGACCCUCCUUUCUUCUGUGGAUCAGAUCCAGGCGAACGUUCCUUCCUUUCUUCUCUUGUUCCUCCUCCUCCUCUUUCUCCGCCUCGUCCUCGUUAUCUCCAGCUAUCUCAGCAUGGGUGGAAGGAUUCUGAGGUGGCUGAGUAUCUCCAGCACAGGAGGGAAGAGGACCUCUGAUCAUGGAAUGCCUUUAGAUUCCUCUGAAACUGUGACAAUUCAUGUGAAUAACGCGUGUUUCACAACCACGCUUGUGGUACUUUGCUUGCUGAUGGUUCAUCCAAGAAACCUUCCCCCUCUCUAUAAUGCCCUGUUGGAGCAGAGUCUGUGUACCUUCAGAUCUAUUUUCUAUACCACAGUUCACCAGCUAUGUUCUGGGAUAGAGACUGUAUAGAUAGAGUAAAUAUUUGGACUGUCGUCCUCUAUUUUUUAUGAGUAUGUUGCCCUCCCUCUCUUUCUAUCUCUAGUCACACACUUUUCUCUUUGUCAAGUAAUCUAGAAAAGAUAAAAACAUUUUGCAAGGGAGUUGUGUGAUUUUCUAAUAAACACAUUCACACAGAUAUGAUAUAAAAACAAACACAUGUACAAAAAAAAAUUCCAAAUUUUCUUCUUGCCUACAACAUGCACACACACUUACAGACACACAAAGUUUGUGGGGAAAAUCAGAGAUGUUGCUUUUUUUUUUUUGCAGCCGAUAAAAAACACUGGAGGUUGGCAGAUAGCUCCUGCAAUCAUAGUUGAUGAAGUGCUAAUUACCGCCACUGCAAUCAAUGCGAGGAGCUCCCUACACACAUACAAACACACACACACACACAUUUAUAAACAGAUGUGCGUGUGGGUGGAAGAGCGCUGUAAGGAAUGGUGUAUACAUAUCACUAUCUAAGUCCCACCAGCGGUUCAGUCCGCCUUCUCUGGUAAAUAGAAAACCUGAAGUCUAUUUUUCUUUAAUCUUAUUUCAGAGCGUGGGCUCUAGGAAUAUUUCUAGGCCUUGUAGGCCUCUGUCCCUCACUCGCUGACUUCUUUGGACUAUAAGGCAAGGCUUGUGGCUUUGACCCAGAUGGUCUAUAACUGCAGAACUGGCAGCCAUCUUAUGGCAGCGUCUACUUUAAAGCCAGAAAACAACAUGGCUGAAAACCAGUAGGCCACAUUUAUACUGGCUGCAUCCCUAUUUGGUUCAGCAAACUAAAGCAUGGGCAAGGUUAAUAUUGUGUUCUCUCUUCUUGCAGCAGUUAUACAAGAGAUGGCUUAUAUUGUAACAUUUUCACUGUAUAAAACUUAGGGAAAAUGACUAUUAAAAAUCAUAACUUUUUAAAUGACUAGAUAUUAUUAUAAUUAUUAUUAUGAGAGGAUUUGUCUCCUAGCUCAGCAUGCAGAGUCCAGUACUGAUCAUCUUGGCCUGUCACGUGCCUGUUUGGACCUUGAUUCCCGGCAUGCAAAAACAGGUUCCCAGUCCCCACUGGGCCAAAGGUGCCUCACCCACCCGAUACAUCCAUGUAGAGGACACGUAGCAUUAUCCAUAGAGAAACCACACUCAGAUGUACUCAUUCUGAAAUGACCAAAGUCUUUUUUUCAUCCCAAGAAGAACUGAACUCUU